AUUAAAUUUCAUCCACCGUUUUUUCAUCAAAGAGUCAUGGAGUACUGGACAACCAAGCUCGACACCCCAACCCUCAAUGUUGUGCCGCUGGAUUUCAACAGACCCACCACGGGCAAGAUUGUGGAAUCCAGGCUGUCUGUGCCCCUGAAGACGGCCGCCUCGUUCCAGGACCUCCUGGCUACUUGGAUGGUUUUGGUGUACAGACUUACCGGCGACGACGAUAUUGUCGUGGCUACAAACACACCAGCCGGAGAGCCCUUUAUUGUCAGACUUUCUAUUGACCCGGCCCUGUCGUUCAAAGAUUUUGCUCGCCAGGUGGCAGAGACCUACGAUAUCGGCACUAAAAAUCUUGUGCCGCUUGAAGACAUCGCUGCCUUUUUCCAGAAAUCCAAGGGUUUAGACUCUCCUCCUGCGUUGUUUACCGUUUCUUUCCAGUAUGCCCACGAAAACGAACAGCUCUCGACCUCGGUUCCUGGCUCCGUGAGAGACAUUGCUGUGUUUCUGCACAAAUCCGGAGAGAAGCUUUCUUUGAGCUUCUACUACAACUCUCUGCUGUACUCUCAGCGCCGAAUCGAAAUCAUGGGCGAGCAGUUCAACCAGUUCUUGCACAGCGCGUUUGAGCACCCAGAAACGGCCAUCUCGAAGGUCAGUCUGGUGACCGAAUCGCAGAAGUCGGUGCUUCCAGACCCUACUGUCGACCUGGACUGGAGCAAUUACAGAGGAGCGAUCCAGGACAUUUUCAGUGACAACGCCGAUAAACACCCGGACAGAACAUGUGUGGUGGAGACAGCGUCGUUUUUGCAACCGGGAGCCAAAGACCGCGUGUUCACGUACAAACAGAUCAACGAGGCCUCUAAUGUUGUCGGGCACUAUCUGGUGCAAACAGGCAUCAAAAGAGGUGAUGUCGUGAUGAUCUAUGCGUACAGAGGCGUCGACCUGAUGGUGGCCGUGAUGGGUGUGCUCAAAGCGGGCGCUACCUUUUCCGUGAUAGACCCUGCUUAUCCUCCAGCCAGACAGACUAUCUAUUUGCAGGUUGCCAAUCCACAGGGGAUCAUUGGAAUUAAAAAAGCAGGUGAGAUCUCGCAGCUUGUCGAGGACUACAUUGAGAAGGAGCUCAAGGUAGUGACCCGUAUUCCCGCUUUGGAGAUUCUUGAUGACGGUGUUGUCGUUGGUGGCCAGCCAGAUGUACUGCAGGACUACCAGCAGUACAAGUCCCAGAGAACGGGUGUCAUAGUCGGGCCAGACUCGAACCCUACACUUUCCUUCACGUCUGGGUCCGAAGGCAUCCCCAAGGGUGUUCUGGGAAGACAUUUCUCGCUGGCAUACUAUUUCCCGUGGAUGGCUGAAACUUUCCAUCUGAGCGAAAACGACAAGUUCACGAUGCUGUCGGGCAUUGCGCACGACCCAAUCCAGAGAGAUAUGUUCACGCCGCUGUUUCUGGGAGCCACGCUUCUGGUUCCCACGGCAGACGAUAUCGGAACCCCUGGUAAGCUGGCCGAGUGGAUGUCGCGGCACGGUGCUACCGUGACACACCUCACACCAGCCAUGGGUCAGCUGCUGACUGCCCAGGCGGUUGCCGAGUUCCCUACGUUGCACCAUGCGUUUUUUGUCGGGGACAUUCUCACAAAGCGCGACUGUCUGCGGCUGCAGACUCUGGCCAGAAACUGUGCCAUUGUCAACAUGUACGGCACGACCGAGACGCAGCGUGCGGUGUCGUACUUUGAGGUCCCGUCCAGAGAGCAGGACUCGCUGUUCCUGGCCAAUCAGAAGGACGUUAUGCCUGCCGGUAAGGGUAUGUUGAACGUGCAGCUGUUGGUGGUGAACAGAAACGACAGAACACAGACCUGUGGUGUUGGUGAGGUUGGCGAGAUAUACGUCCGUGCUGCUGGUCUGGCUGAAGGCUACAGGAACAACGACGAGCUCAACAAGCAGAAGUUUGUCACCAACUGGUACACUUCGCCGGACAAGUUCCUAGCCAAGGACAAGCAGCUUGACCGGGGCGAGCCCUGGAGACAGGUCUGGUUUGGCCCUAGAGACAGACUGUAUCGGACAGGCGAUUUGGGAAGAUACCUGCCGGACGGAAAUUGCGAAUGCUGUGGCCGUGCUGACGACCAGGUGAAGAUAAGAGGUUUCAGGAUUGAGUUGGGAGAAAUCGACACCCAUAUUUCGCAGCAUCCGCUGGUCAGACAGAAUGUGACUCUUGUCAGAAGAGACAAAAACGAGGAGCCUACCUUGGUGUCUUACAUUGUUCCUAGAACGUCUCCAGAGCUCGAGAAGUACAAGAGCUCGUCGCAGGACGUGGAUGACCUCGACGAUCCGAUUGUCAAGGGUCUCGUGGUGUACCGCGAGCUGAUCAAGGAUCUGAAGGCACAUUUGAAGAAGCGACUGGCUAACUAUGCAAUUCCGUCGCUGGUGGUGCCUAUGGCCAAGCUGCCACUGAAUCCAAACGGCAAGGUCGACAAGCCUAAGCUUCCUUUCCCCGACACGGCACAGCUAGCUGCUGUUGCUCGGCUGUCGUCGAAAGAUGUUGCUGACGUCCAGUUCACCGAGACAGAGGCCAAAAUUAGAGACGUGUGGCUCUCGGUGCUGCCAAAUAAGCCGGCUACCGUGCAGCCGGAGGACUCUUUCUUUGACCUGGGUGGACACUCGAUCCUCGCCACGCGGAUGAUUUUUGAGUUGAGAAAACAGCUUGCUGUCGAUAUCCCUCUCGGAGCCAUCUUCAAACACCCAACGCUUGCUUCAUUCGCAGCAGAGAUUGAUAGUCUGAAGAAGGACGAAGGCUUUGAGCUCGCCGACGGCAAGAAUAAUGCCGUUCCGGAGGCCAAGGAUGAGACCGUUGACUACUUUGAAGACGCUAAAAAACUGUCUCAGAGCCUGAAGAGCUAUCCUACUAGAAACGCUCUUGACUUCUCGCAGCCUUUGAACGUUUUUGUUACCGGAUGCACUGGUUUCCUGGGAUCGUUCAUUCUGCGUGACCUGCUGAGCAGAAACCUAAAUAUCAAGGUCUGGGCUCACGUUCGCGCCAAGGACGAGACGGCUGCUAUUCAGCGACUCGUCAAGACCGGCAAAACCUACGGCAUCUGGAAUGACAAGUGGAUCCAGAGCAUCAAGGUGGUCCUGGGCAACCUUGACAAGCCUCACUUUGGCAACGAGGAGCAAUGGAAGCAGCUUGUCGCCAACGUGGACGUGAUAAUUCACAAUGGAGCUCUCGUCCACUGGGUGUACCCAUAUUCUAAGCUCCGUGACGCCAAUGUCAUUUCCACGCUCAAUGUGAUGGACCUGUGUGCAGAGGGCAAACCAAAAGUGUUCACGUUUGUGUCGUCGACAUCGACGAUCGACGUUCCUCACUACGUCUCUCUCUCCGACAAGCUUGUGGACGAAGGAAAGAGCGGAAUUCCAGAGGACGAUGACCUGAUGGGAGCGGCCAAGGGACUCGGCACGGGAUACGGCCAAUCGAAAUGGGCUGCAGAGUAUAUCAUCAGAAAGGCCGGCGAGAAGGGACUCAGAGGCGCGGUUAUCAGACCAGGCUAUGUUCAAGGCUUCUCCCAGACCGGUGCUGCCAACACGGACGACUUCCUUCUGAGAAUGCUCAAGGGCUGUGUCGAGGUCGGCGAGUACCCAGAUAUCUCCAAUAACGUCAACACCGUUCCUGUGGACCACGUUGCUCGUGUUGUUGUGGCUGCUGCUCUGCACCCGCCUUCGGCUGCUUCCCUUCCUGUUGUUCACGUGACCGGCCAUCCGCGUAUCAGAUUCAAUGAGAUGCUUGGAGCGUUGCAAAAGUUCGGCUACGACGUCAAGCGGGCGGACUACUUGCAAUGGACCAAGUCGCUGGAGCGGUACGUGGUCGACGAGGGAAAGGACAACGCUCUUUAUCCACUGUUGCACUUUGUCCUCGAUAACUUGCCUCAGGAUACCAAGGCUCCAGAACUGUGUGACAAAAACGCUGUGGAGAGCCUGAUUGCCGACGCUAAACUUAGUGGCGAGGACCGGUCUGCCGGUGCUGGGGUCACAAUGGACGUGUUGGCGAAGUACGUGAGCUAUCUGGUCAAGAUCGGAUUCUUGCCACCUCCACGCAGAGGCGAGAUCGCUCUUCCCGAGGUGGAAAUCUCCGAGGAGACGCUUGAGUUGAUUAAAUCGGGUUCCGGAGCAAGAACCAGUGCGAACUAAUUAAUAGAACUAUUUACCCCAUAACCUGAUCCACUGUCUCUUUUUCCUCUUCUAUUAUGCAACGGAGCCCGGUGAAAGCGUCAUUAAGCGACUUGUGGAAGUAAAAAUCGAUUUUGUAACCCCCAGCCUUGUACUGUACAUCGUCCACGAGCUUGAGCAAGAACGGGUCCUUGUACUCUCCAUACUCGUACGGAGGAGAUACCACGCGGUCGCCAUUGAAAGGCGUGAAGGGCAGCUUGGGCUUCUCCUCCUCUUUGAGCUCGUCCAGGCCAUUGAUGAUUUUUUCUCUCUGCUCCUGGUAUGUUUUUUCCAGCUCCUCGAGUUGCUCCUUGUAGCUGCUGGUUUUGCUGAUCAUCGAAUCGCGCACGUUGGCGAUGAUCUUGUCUGCAUCCCUCUCGCCUGAGGCGGUCUGCAGUUGGUUAAUGACCUCCAACUUACUCAAAUUCUUGAGGUUCUGUUCCUCCUUGAUGAUCUCCCUAUUGAUUUUAUUUUUCUCAGCCUUGUAUCGUUUCUCCAAGUUCUGGAGUUUGAGGAAUUUCUCGUAUUCCUGGUCGCGCUGGUUGUUGCUCAUUUCAAUGUCAUGUUUGUGCGCCUGCUGAUACUCCUUCAACUUUUGUUCAGUCUGCUCAACAUCGAUCUUAUUGACCAACUUGUAAACGUAGUCCUCUAUCUCCUCAAGGUAGGCAUUGUACUCGUCCAGCGAUUUGAAAUCCUCCUGGGUCUUGUUGAACACAGACACCACUCUCUUGCGCACGUCGCAUUCGCGCUCAACGUCGACGUCGUCAAAUAUCUGUGUCUUGAAUCUGUUUUUUCGCAGGAUUUUGCCACAGUUGGGGUAUGGACAUGGCGACGGCCCAA